AGAAGGAAUAUGCGAUCGAAAGCCGACGGUGGAGACGAUCUCCUUUCUCAACCAUUCCUUUCCCACAUAUCGUAUAACCUCUUCCGUCAAUCAAAAAGUCUACAGAGCCAACAAAAAGAAGCAAUAGAGGAAAAGAGUCCAUUCAUGGCGUCUCCAUAACAAGGUCUACUGCUCCUGCAACCUUCUUCAUUGCCAGUACUACCACCACCAACAUCAUUACCAGCCACCAUCGUCACUGCCACCGUUAUCUUCGUGCCAAUGUCUUCUCACAGUUGCUCACAGUGCGGGAACAUUGGGCACAACUCCCGAACAUGUACUGAAAACGGCUUCAUGCUCUUCGGGGUACGUGUCUCAACCGAUCGAUCCAUCCGCAAGAGCGUGAGCAUGAACAAUCUUUCUCAGUAUGAGCACCCCGAUUACCAGCAACAUAAUGCGGAUGCUGCGGGCGCCGGCUAUACGUCCGAUGAUGCUGCAGACGCAUCGGCCGGAUCCCAAGGAAGGAAGAGAGGAGUGCCGUGGACGGAAGAGGAGCACAGACUUUUCCUUGUUGGAUUACAGAGGAUUGGAAAAGGAGAUUGGAGGGGGAUUUCCAGAAACUAUGUCAAAACAAGGACUCCAACGCAGGUUGCUAGUCAUGCUCAGAAGUACUUUCUCCGGCGGAGCAAUUCAAACCGGAGGCGACGGAGAUCGAGCCUAUUUGAUAUUACGACCGAUUCAUUCCCCUGUUUGCCUGUGGAAGAGGAAGGGAACAUGGAGGAGACAGCGCCCAAAACAUUGGAUAUCUCUCCAGAGAGUUUGCCAGUUUCUCCAGCCACCAUGAUUGAAGAAACCAAGACCACAAGAAGCCAGCCAGAGGAGCCAAUCGAAGCAAAAGUUCUGAAGCCUGUGGCUGUGCUUGCUAGCAUGCCCUCGGGGAUGGCGCAUUCGGAUCAUGGGCUUGGGUUGUCGCCGUCGCCAUUGUCGGUGGAACUCUCUGAGCAACAUCAUGCCAGACACUCCGCUUUUCAGGCAAUGACAAGAUUCAGCGCUGGGGAUUUGAACAAGGGGAGUAUAAUAACAGUGGCCUAAGGGAGAGAAGGAGGAUGGAGAAGAUGAAACACAGAAACAGGGGAGGUAAACCGCCUCAUGAGUUUCAGAGACAGGUUCAGCAAACAUGACGAAAUAAUGCUGCUGUAGUUUUACUGUUGAUUAUUUUAACAGAAUUCACUGCUCACUUUGUCCUUAAAAACUGGAUGUAAAUAGCUACGUUGGCCUUGCCUCUAUAUUAUAUGCCAAUGCAAUGUGUUAAGAACUA